UGUCAGUCAUUACGUCAUUUCCUGCGGGUGGGCGCAAGUCCGGCCGAGUCGUGGUCUCGGUGGUGGGGGAUUUUGACAGCGGCAUCGCUGUUUGGAGACAAACAAGGACGCGUGAAAGAGGACUAUUUUUUCCAUCCUCGUUCCUUCCGAUCGCGCACUGACAGCCUCUCAAUCCACCAAGAUUUCCGACGAUAUGGCGGCUUCGGAUUGUGCAGUACAUUGUAAGUCUGAUGAGUGAGCGUGCCCUGGGCCCUGCUGUCCUCCGUCAUGGUCGACAUGGAGAGCCACUACCGCCCCCCAUCCCCUCUGGAGGACUCGGUGCUGGGCAGCCCCCUGUGCGAGGACUUCAUCGGGGGCAUGGAGGACCUCCAGGACAUCUCCCAGUCCAUGGAAGAUGACGCCCUCAGCUCCUUCGACGUACCCGGGUACCAGUCCUCCAACACGGGCUCCGACGGCUCCACCGUCCUGGAUGCUCUAACACCAGCGUCCAGUCCGUCCUCGGUGGUGUUUGGGGCGUCGGCAGGUCAGGAGGAGCUGUCGUCCACCUCCCUCAACCUGGAGUGCAGAGUGUGUGCCGACCGUGCCUCGGGAUACCACUACGGAGUCCACGCCUGUGAAGGCUGCAAGGGCUUUUUCCGGCGGACCAUCCGCCUGAAGCUGGAGUACGACAGGUGCGAGCGGCGCUGCAAGAUCCUGAAGAAGAACCGCAACAAGUGUCAGUACUGCCGCUUCCAGAAGUGCCUGUCUGUCGGCAUGUCCCACAACGCCAUCCGCUUUGGCCGGAUGCCCCAGUCGGAGAAGCUGAAGCUGAAGGCGGAGAUCCAGACGGGGGAGCGGGAGGUGGAGAACCCCCAGCUGGCCGACCAGAAGACCCUGGCUCGGCAGAUCUACGAGGCCUACCUGAAGAACUUCAACAUGAACAAGGUCAAGGCUCGCACCAUCCUCACCGGCAAGACCAGCACUCCGCCUUUCGUCAUCCACGACAUGGACACCCUCCAGCUGGCUGAACAGACCGUGGUCGCCAGGAUGGUGGGCAGCGACAGCGUGCUCCAGGACAAGGAGGCCGAGGUGCGCAUCUUCCAUUGCUGCCAGUGCACGUCGGUGGAGACCGUCACCGAGCUCACAGAGUUCGCCAAGUCGGUCCCCGGGUUCUCGGACCUUGACCUGAACGAUCAGGUGACGCUGCUGAAGUACGGCGUUUACGAAGCGCUCUUUGCCCUGCUGGCAUCCUGCAUGAACAAGGACGGCCUGCUGGUGGCCUACGGCUCGGGCUUCAUCACCAGAGAGUUCCUCAAGAGCCUCCGGAAGCCCUUUGGCGAGAUGAUGGAGCCCAAGUUCCAGUUCGCCAUGAAGUUUAACGCGCUGGAGUUGGACGAUAGCGACCUGGCUCUGUUUGUGGCCGCCAUCAUUUGCUGCGGAGACCGGCCAGGUUUGGUGAACGUGGCCCAUAUCGAGCGCAUGCAGGAGACCAUCAUCCAAGUGCUGAGGCUUCACCUUCUGGCUAACCACCCAGACGACGCCUUCCUGUUCCCCAAGCUGCUGCAGAAGCUGGUGGACCUCCGGCAGCUGGUGACAGAGCACGCCCAGCUGGUGCAGGAGAUCAAGAAGACCGAGGACACGUCCCUCCACCCUCUCCUGCAGGAGAUCUACAGGGACAUGUACUGACCCUGCGGGGAUGUUUCCUCCACAGAACCCCUACAGCUCCUUCCCGCGCUGGAGGGAAUCUGUGGGGUUAUUGUACGUGCCGAUCUGUCCUUUUUCAUAAAAACCUU